AUGACAUCCUCUGAUAAGGUGCGAGCGGUCGUAGAGCAGUUGGCCUCUAUUAAUCCGUACACCAACGCAAAAGAUUUACCAGAUGUUCCCCGCCCUGAGGAGUCUUCUAUUCCACGCGAACUUCCAUCGCUGCAACAGUUACCGUAUGUGCAGAAAAUUCUAAAUACUCUUUCCUACAAUUUUUUACCGCAGACGUUCUUCUGCUUGGAAAAGCAUCGAUCACUACAAAGUAUUUUACUAACAUCAAAGGAAAUUCUAGCAGAAGCACUUCCAAUUCGCUGUUUGGAGGCCACUUUUGUUGCGCUUUAUCUUACACAUGGAAUGAUAGAUGUUGAUCGAAUUCCACUCUCUUUUAAGUCUCGUGCGAAGGGACGUCCAUAUCAUCAUAUUGUUCUUGUUAUUCGUUGCAGUAGUCUCUAUGGGGCUGUAGGUUUGAGCCGUAAAGUAACGCUUAUGGAUAAACCCAUGGUGUACCGCAGUUUAUUUGAUCUUAUCAUGGAAUACAAGAAACAGUAUGAGGUGAUUGGUCAUGAAUUGGUGGACUUUAAAUUAGGACUUUGUGUGAGUCAUGAGGCACACUCACGGCAGGCCCCAUGCUGGCGUUACAUUCGCGUAGGUGUGAAGAACCCCAACAGUAAUAGCAACAACAAUGAUAUUACUACUACCACUACUACUACUACUACUACUACUACUACUACUACUACUACUACUAAUAACAAUAAUAAUACCAUCAACAACAGUAAUAAUAAUAUUAAUAAUAAUAAUGCUAUGACAACAUUCCGCAACGUGUCGCCGCGCUCGUGUGGAGAUACGAACACGGAGUCCAGCGAUGCGGGCGACGGGCUGCAGGAUGUGACGGUCCUCCUCGCCCACUACACCGCAAUGCUCCACACCAUCUCUGAACAGUAUGAAAAACAUGCAGCCCCAUGCGCUCCUCCAAGUUCCGCACGUCAUGUGGAGGCCACGUGUUUGAAGGAUUUACACGAAUUAGACGACGCACAGGCACGUGAGGAGAAUAAAAGACGAUUGGAGGAACUUCGUUGUGGACGAUCACCAUGUACGUUAGUAGAUACCAGCGCAAAGAAACGAGCUGCUUCUCGUUCAGUUUCAAAGAAACGUGGGGAGUUGAUGGGAGGCGGCGGGGGUUUGGCUUCCAGUAGGAGUACAGGCGUGCAGAAUGCCGUGGUGACGGCGAAAAAGGCUCUAAAGAAAGAAAAUGAUGUUUGUAUGCAACAACAUCAUAAUCACAAUAAUAUUCAUCAUAGUCAUCCGCAAGCACCAACGCAACCACAACCACAAAAAGAAGAAGAAGAAGAAAAGGAUCAUAGUCAUAAUCAUAAUAACCAUCAUCCUCAUCAUCAAGAUCAAGAUCAACAUAAGGAGUUGUCGUUUGUGGCUAGAAACACUCUCCCUGUUGUCUCAUCAGCUCCAGUAGGAAGAUUUGGUAGUGGUGGCCCUGAUGUACUUAGAGCGGAAACUCGAAAAGCUCCUUCGCCACUGUUAGCUUCUUCACUUCCCUUGCUUGAUAUGAAGGUAGAUGGAUGUGGUUCUUUAAUGAAUUCACCUGAUAGUUGCUUGGAGUUAAAUGUCCUGCCACAUUGUAGCUCAGGUGAGACAAACUUUCAGGAUCUCCUGUUGUGA